AGCUGUUGUAUUUUGUAUAGUCUACAUGAAAAUAAAAAAUUUUAUCAACAUUAAAUGUUUUAGAAGACUUUUUAACACCUCUAAAAUGGCAAAUAGUAGAUACGAAUAUGUAAAAUCUUAUGAGACUAAUGACGAAAUUUUAAAAAAUGUUUAUAUCGUCGCGCGUGUCGAUGGAAAGGCUUUUCACAAAUUUUGCACAAAACAUAAUUUCGAAAAGCCAAAUGAUCUUAAUGCGUUAAACUUAAUGAGUCAUGCAGCUAUUAAUGUUAUGAAAGAAUUCCGUGAUAUAAUUUUAGCUUAUGGUCAGAGUGAUGAAUAUUCUUUUGUAUUUCGUAAGGAAACAGAAAUUUAUAAUAGGCGUUCAUCAAAGUUGUUAUCAUAUGUUACAAGCAUUUUUUCAUCAGCAUACGUAUACAAUUGGGGAAAGUGGUUUCCAAAUCAAAAACUACUUUAUCCACCGUGUUUUGAUGGUAGAAUUGUUUUGUAUCCAUCAGAUAAAAAUUUAAGAGAUUAUUUAAGCUGGAGACAAGCUGACGUCCAUAUUAAUAAUUUGUACAAUACAGCAUUUUGGAAUUUAGUAUUAAAAUCAGGUCUUACAAAUGUAGAAGCAGAGGCGAGACUCAGAGGAACAUUUUCCGAUGAUAAAAAUGAAUUGUUAUUUUCUCAAUUUGGUAUAAAUUAUAACAAUGAAAAUCCAGUUUUUAGAAAAGGAACAAUUCUGUUGAGAAAAUAUGUUCAAAUAAAUGAAAACAUAAAAAGACAACUCAUUAUACCAUACUCUGAAGACAUGAUAAGAGAUCACUUUUGGAAAAAACAUGACGAAUUAUUAGGGAAAUACGUUCCAGGAGAAUAUGAAAUUUCUGGAGAUAAAGAAAUUGAACAAACAUCUUCAUUACUGAAGGUGCAAAUAGAAGAAAUUUUAGAAUCAAUACAAGCAAAGACGAAAAUUGAAUCUAUGAAUGUAAAAGUUAAUGAUUGAAAGUGUAAAUAAUUACAAAACAAUCACCUAUCAAGCUGAAAACUUGCAGAUUAUUCGCAUCUAUUGUAUAUAGAACAGUUAAGCCAAAUACAUAAAUAAUUUGCUAAUCUAAACUUGGAAUACUGGCAAAGUUAGCAUUACGUAAAAGAUUGGCGAAUAUAUACUUAAUGCUAAUUUCAUUUACAUGCAUUUUUACAUAAAAUGUAAACAUUCAAUAGCUCCUAAUUUUUAAAUAUACAUAUUUUAAAUUUUAUUUCCACCAAAAAUAAAUUUUACCUUAUUUUUG